UGGCGUCAUGACGUUUAGUGAGGAAAAAAUCGUCAACACUAGUUGAGUGUCUACAUUACGUUACUUGUGAUGAUUGACAGCUGUCAGACCCUUCAUUUACAACAAGAGUUGCGGGCUUUUGCGGGAUUAUUCACGCAAACUCUCGCAGAUGACGAGAACAGCUAACCGGCGACUAGCAUUAGAGCAAACACAGUGCAGAAGCAGCUCAUGCUAACCAUUUCUUCAGGGUUCAGACAAAAACAGACUGACUGACCAUGAGCACUGAGACUCAUGUGAAGGACAUCAAACCUGGACUCAAAAACCUCAAUGUCAUCUUCAUCGUGCUGGAAACAGGACGAGUGACGAAGACUAAAGACGGUCAUGAGGUUCGCACCUGUAAAGUGGCAGACAAAACGGGUAGCAUCAGCAUCUCCGUUUGGGACGAGGUGGGAGGACUCAUUCAAGCUGGUGACAUCAUCAGACUAACCAAAGGUUACGCCUCAGUUUUUAAAGGCUGUUUGACGUUAUACACUGGAAGAGGAGGUGAACUACAGAAGAUUGGAGAAUUCUGCAUGGUGUAUUCUGAAGUGCCAAACUUUAGUGAGCCAAAUCCAGAAUAUUUGACCCAGACAAAUAAAACGGGAUUGAAUGACCAGAGCAACAUGAACAGCAGCACUGGUGCAACAACAGGUACAGACACUCCCAAUGGAAAUGGAGUGAAUUCUCAAGGAUCUGGCAACUCUACUAAUCCACAGUCUUCUGGACGAGCAAACAAUGGAAAUGGUAGCCGCUCGACGCCGAGUCCUGCUGCGGGAGGAACUUCAGUCAGCAACGGCAAAGAGACACGGCGGACACUCAAAAGAUGAUUUACAGUAAUAACGGACCAAUACGUACAGUUGAAGUCAGAAUUAUUAGCCCUCCUGUAUAUUUUUUCCCAAAUUUCUGUAUAACGGAGAUGUUUCUCAACACAUUUUUUAAACAGAAUAGUUUUAUUAACUCAUUUCUUUUAUCUUUGUCAUGAUGACAGCACAUAAUAUUUGACUAGAUAUUCUUCAAGACACUAGUAUUCAGCUUAAAGUGACAUUUAAAGGCUUAACUAGGUUAAUUAGGGUAAAGUUAGGAGAAUUAGGCAAAUUAUUGUACGUAUAAUGAUGGUUUGUUCUUUGGACAAUCCAAAACAAAUAUAGCUUAAAGGGGCUAAUAAUAUUGAAUAAAAUGUAAAGCUGCUUUUAUUCUAGCCGAAAUAAAACAAAUAAGACUUUCUCCAGAAGAAAAAAUAUUAUAGGAAAUACUGUGAAAAUUUCUUUACGCUGUUAAAUAUAAUUUGGGAAAUAUUGAGUAUUUUUUUUUAAUAAUAAUUCUGACUUCAGCUAUAUUUCCUGAAGGGUUUUGGUGAGCAGCUCUAUGUGCAUGUCUCUUCUGAAGACAUGUUUUGCUAAACCCAAUGCUGUCAUGUACGUUAUACAUUGUAAGUGAAAUGUUUUUACUUGUUUCACCUCUUUUAGCCUGUUUGAUUGCUAGUCAACUUCAUUAUUGUUUUAGUUUUUUAUUAUUUUUAGCCAGAUGUUUGAAGCCACUUCCAGUUAAAGACAAAAUGACAAGCCCUUCUGUGAAAAGUAGUAAUUGUUUCAAAUAUUUCCUGUGCCGAUUAUUAAUUUUAACACAUUUUUAAACAUAAUAAUAGGUUUAAUAACUGAAUUCUUUGAUCUUUGUCAUGAUGACAGCACAUAAUAUUUACCUAGAUAUUGUUCAAGAUACUAGUAUUCAGCCUAAAGUGACAUUUCAAGGCUUAACUAGGUUAAUUAGGGUAAUUAGGAAAGUCAUUGGACUACAGCGGUUUGUUCUGUAGCCAAAUGAAACAUUAAAUACUUAAGGGGAUAAAAAUAUAUAUUUUUAAGUGGGUUAAUAAUAUUGACCUUAUAAAUUUUGAGGUUUUUUUUUUAAAUGUAUGUUUUUUAUUCCAGCCAAAUUAAAAUAAAUAAGACUUUCUCCAAAACAAAAACAUUAUAGGAAAUACUGUGAAAAUGUUCUUGCUCUUUUAAGCAUCUCUUUAGAAAUAUUUGAAAUAUAAUUACAAUUUUACAGGAGGCUGAAUAAUUCUCUCUUCAACUGUGCAGUGCUGAGCAUAAUUGAUCACAGAUCUCUCUUUUAAAUUGAUAUUUCCAACAGUUCCAGUUUUGGGAUGGCUUUGUGGCUCAGUGGUUAGCACUGUGAUCUCACAGCAAGAAGGUCACUGGAUCGAGUCCCAGAUGGGCUAGUUGGCAUUUCUGUGUGGAGUUUGCAUGUUCUCCCCAUGUUGGCGUGCGUUUCCUCCAGGUGCUCCGGUUUCCCCCACAGUCCAAACACAUGCGCAAUAGGGGAAUUGGGUCCAUAGUGUAUGUGUAUGUCCUGGUCCUCCACGUUGGGGUUUGAGCAUUGGGCUAACAACUCGCCUCAUAAAAGCUAGAUGUUACGAAACACCAAUAUGCUGCGGCUAAUUAUCAGUUUCGAUAUAAAUGGCUCUGGGAGUAAGCAAGUAAGUACUUCGAAUGUCAAUGGCAGCAUCUUCCCAACAUUCUUCAGAAUAUCUUGUUUUGUGUUCAACAGGAGGAGGAAACUGUUUAGAAUUGUCAUCUUUGGAGGAAAUGUCCCUUUAAGUACAGUGUGGCAUCUUGUGUUUCCCUCUUCAUGUACAGUAGUCAGCCACAUGUUUGUUUGUUUUACACCAGAAAAGCAGAAUGGAUCUGAAAAUGCUAACUCCUGAAACCCUGAGAACAUGCAGCCAUCAGAACUGUUGAAUUUCUCUUGAUAUUUUUGGCAGAAACGAUUACAUUAAAAAAAGAAUGAUUUAAA